CUGGCUGGAGGGGAGGCUGCCGAGCGAGGGCAGGAGUAUCAAAAUGCCCCCAUUCGACUGAGAAGGACUUGACAAGGGGACGGUUCCCCCACCCACAUGCACAGAGCAGCUCAUCCUGGCUCCAUCUCCGGAGAGAAAGAGGUCUUGAGUAGAAACCCUCUUCAAAUAGAAAUACAGAGAAGCGUUUUCUGCCGCUGCUAUCCCAUCCCCACACCUCCAUGGACCCAUUUCCCCCUCUAGGCAAACUGUUUCCAGGCAGCCAGCCUCCUACCAUGUCUGACCCCAUUACGCUGAAUGUUGGGGGGAAGCUCUACACCACCUCAUUGGCAACCCUGACCAGCUUCCCUGACUCAAUGCUGGGGGCCAUGUUCAGUGGGAAGAUGCCCACCAAGAGGGACAGCCAGGGUAACUGCUUCAUCGACCGCGAUGGCAAAGUGUUCCGCUAUAUCCUCAACUUCCUGCGGACCUCCCACCUGGACCUGCCAGAGGACUUCCAGGAGAUGGGUCUGCUCCGCAGGGAAGCUGACUUCUACCAGGUGCAGCCCCUAAUUGAGGCCCUGCAGGAAAAGGAGGUGGAACUCUCCAAGGCGGAGAAAAACGCCAUGCUCAACAUCACACUGAAGCAGCGUGUGCAGACGGUCCACUUCACGGUGCGGGAGGCCCCACAGAUCUACAGCCUGUCGUCCUCCAGCAUGGAGGUGUUCAACGCCAGCAUCUUCAGCACAUCCUGCCUCUUCCUCAAACUCCUUGGCUCGAAGCUCUUCUACUGCUCCAAUGGCAAUCUCUCCUCCAUCACCAGCCACUUGCAGGACCCUAACCACCUGACUCUUGACUGGGUGGCCAAUGUGGAAGGCCUUCCAGAGGAAGAGUACACCAAGCAGAACCUCAAAAGGCUGUGGGUGGUCCCUGCCAACAAGCAGAUCAACAGCUUCCAGGUCUUCGUGGAGGAGGUGCUGAAAAUCGCUCUGAGUGACGGAUUCUGCAUUGACCCCUCCCAUCCACAUGCUCUCGACGUUAUGAACAAUAAGAUCAUUCGGUUAAUCCGGUACAGGUAGAAAGACCCGAGUCACACAGGGGAAGGAGUUCCCAAGAGGCUCAUGUCAGCUAAGGCUCUGAGGAGUGUCUCGCCGGUGGCACAAGGCGGGGAACUAUACUAAUCUGUAUUAAUUGCAUAGCAAGACCUGAUUCCCCAUGACAAAGUCCACCUUCUGGAAUCCACAUGUCCUCUGAGCAGAACCACCUUUUCUUGCCAUUUUGAACUGCCGAUGGGUAGCUUGUGAUGACAAGUUAAAAGUUACCUGAAGCAUACAAGAAGAGCCCACAGGAGGACUCUCUGGAUAGGACAAAGCAGCAGUUUUGUUUUUUUUUUUUUAUGGGCAAUCACCUACCACUAAUCAGCUCCCUGCUAACUCGUCUCCAGAGAGAGCUCUGGCUGCUGACAGGUAGGGUGGGAACAAUAGUCGCCUUUUCGUUUCCUAGGCAACAACAGAUACAGCAAACCCCAUCACUCCUGCUCUUUGCUCUGAGGAUGUGCCCAGGCACCAGGACACCUUUGCCCAAAGGCAACUGAACUGCAUUUGGGUGUUUUAGAAUGCAAUAUAUUCCCAGAACCCUUUGCGGCUCCACUCAGGGAGAAAGUUGAGCCGUGGCAUGGCCUAGGGAAGUGAGUGUCCAGGCUUAGGCAGGAGGGGCCUCCUGAAGAGGCUGAAGUCAAAGAUUCUUGGCUUCAGAUACUGGUCGUUUCCCUAUGAUGGAAAUGAAGCCAAGAAGAUGGAAGACACGUCAUGGUCCGGUCAUUGCCUGACUCUGCAGUUCCUGCCCCACGGACUGCAGGCAUCUCUGACACCAGUCAGUGUAAACCAGUAAUACGUUAUGAACUCUCAGGGUUGGAAAGUAAUCCGGCAGUUUCUUAGUUCUUCCCCUUCCUCUAGGACACCCCAGGGCAUGGCAGCAAGUGCCUCUUCUUGAGGAUCUCCAAGGGAACCCUUCUGCCAGCUUGUAUACCCGCUGGUGAUAGAAUGGCCACUAUCCCCAAGGCAGUCCUGCCAUGCUUGGGCAGUGCUGACUAUUCAAAAGUUCUUUCAGUAUUGACCCCAAGUCUAUCCUGUGUUAGGUCUUGUUGUUAGGCCUUCCUUUAUACACAGAUAUGUGUCCUUGCUCUGACUAGACGCUGAAGAUGUCAUUACUCAGAACUGAUCCCCUUUGCAACUUGUCUUCAGCAGAAUCAGCUCCUUUCCAUCCUUGUAAGCCAAACAUCUUUCACAUGGCUUUGCCUGGUUCUCCGUCCCCAGCUCGCCUGCCUUCCCCACCAGCAUGGCUCAGCAUGCUCCUAAUUGUUUCUGGCUAGAAGAUGAUCACUGACUGAGGAGCUCUAGGGUUUGGGAAACUGUUCAGCAAGCAGUACAGGUGUUCUCUAUAAUCCCAGUGCCCCUGAGUACUGCUCCUAAGAGAGCAGUCUUCUCUGUCACACUAGCCAGUCCUAACUACCUAUGGGCCUUCCUGGGAUAAGCACAGAAACUCCAGACACCACUCCCCCAGCGGGGGAGGAACCCCGUGGACCUCUAAACUGCAGGUCAUGAUUCAGCCCUGGAGUGACUACUGCAGUGAGAGUCUUAUAGCACCCCAACCGGGGAAGAGCUCCAGACACAACUAGGGAAGCCCAGAACCAGCAUCCACAGAUAGACAGCGCAAAGGGCUUCCAUAGCUAUACCCUGUGAGUGGAGAGUUUACAAAGUUAGAGGCAAAACUUGGUCCUAAGGCAAUAAAGGCCUCUCUCUCCCUAUCGCGGGACUCAGGAGUCUUAUGUGGCUGCCUUGAGCCACUGCACCUGUGGUACUCUGGAAAGUUCUUCAGAGAACCCAAUCAGGACAAGCAGAUCUGUGGUAAUCUUCAAGUAAGUCAAGGAAGAAACCUCAGAAAUCAACACUGCCCCCCCUUUUUCUCCCCAUAGAACUUUGCUUUCUCCAUCUUUUUCGGUGCUUCCUAACUCAAUACAGAACCUGUCAAGCCACUAACAUCCUAUGUGACUACACAUGUCACUCGUCUCACUGAGCCACCUUCAGUUCUUCAUCUGUGAAAUGGGCGUAUAGUAAUGCAUAACCCUACCUACCUCACAGGACUGUUGUGAGGAUCAAACAAAACAAUGUAUGUGAGAAUAAACAAUAAAUGGCAAUUGCUUUGUGUCUGCUUCCAAA